UUACCAGGCGCUCUCUGCUUUUCCAAGAACUCGAAGUCCGCUGGAGCGAUAUUCAUUGUUUUGGCUUUUUUCUGUUUUCCUUGUCUUUGGUCGCUAAAAACAAACUGCAAGACUUCACCCUAGGGGUUAUGGUAAUUAUUUGUUCGCCCUGACUUUUUUCCAUUUUUUCCAUCGGCCUCAAGUUUGGUAGUAGGAUUUUGGUGUCUUCUUGGCAACAAGGACAUGACAACGUUAUUAUUCUCAUAUUGGUCAUUGUACUUCUUCUGAAUCGUGGGUGUUCUUGUCCGUAUUCAUGCAAGUUUAAGUAACGUUUAUCAUGGGAGAUGCAUCUGCUGAUCAAGAUGCUAAAGGGGCUGGGCAAGGCGUCAUAAACCAAACUCAGAAGAGUUCUAAUGAGUUAUACAAGUAUGUCGAUUUAAACGGCGGUGGGUGUCUUGUUGAAGCAUUCAGGAGAGCUCAGGCAUCGAAGAACUUCAGCGAAGUAGAAGAACUCAUCGAGGGAUUUCGUGAGAAGUUUUUAUACAACGAUGGGGCUGGAAAGGACGUCGAUAUAGAGGAACUUAUUCAAUGGAGGCUUAAGAGUCGCAAGGUUCAAAAACCAUCUAAGAGAGAAAACCCUCUGAAGGCCUGCUUCACUAAGUGUUCAAGUCGUGUAGAAGAUACGAUUGAAGCCGUGGGAACAACGGAUCAAUAUGCCUUAAAUGAAAACUUUGCUCUGAGUAGGACAAGAUUUGUUUGCUGGGAUAUCAACCAACGUGCUGCUGUGGGAGAAAAUGUCCUUCACUUGUGUUUCUUGAAUGCGACUCGAGUGCACUAUGAUAUAGCCAAGAUGAUCAUAAAGAAAUUCCCUCCCCUGGUCAAUGAUAUUUAUAUCAGUGAUGAGUAUUAUGGUGAAAGUGCUCUGCACAUGGCAAUAGUCAAUGAAAAUCAACACAUGGUUCACAUUCUGUGCAAGAAUGGUGCCAACUUACAUGAACGUGCCUAUGGAGCUUUCUUUUGCCCUGAAGAUCAGCAGAAAUCAAGAAAAGAUCGUGCAGGCCUGGAGAAUAUUGCUGUUACUGAUGAGACAAAUUAUGAAAGCAACACAUAUUGGGGGGAAUAUCCCCUUUCGUUUGCAGCAUGUCUUGGUUUAGAGGAUAUGGUGCGCUAUUUGUUAGCUAAAGGGGCAUGUCCCAAUAAGCAGGACACAAAUGGCAAUACUGUUCUACAUAUGAUGGUUAUUCAAAAUAAGAUGGAUAUGUAUGAUCUAAUUUUUGAUUAUGGAUGCCACUGUGCUUGUCUGUGUGGAAAGCCACUCAACACUGUUGUGAACAACAAGGGCUUGACGCCUCUGACCCUUGCUGCUAAACUGGCUCGCAAAGAGGUAAAUUUGACAACUGAAGGGCAGAUAAAUGAGAAAUGUGCAUUCAACCUUAUCACACAUGAGGAGUCGGUAUCACACUUGGUCUUAUUUGAUGGAAUCCUGCACAAUUUGCUCAAGGAGAAAUGGAGGCGAGCCUGUCGUUCUAGAUUUUAUUGGCUUUUGGCUCUGUACGUCAUCUUCCUCAUCACUCUAAGUGUUGCUGUUCUCCUUCGACCCCUUGAUGACCUGAAUUGUGAUGACCAUGCUAAAAACAGCAGCUCUAUGUCCAUCAACUCCUCCUUAACCUUAGAGAUUUCAAAUACUUCAAGUUGUGAUCCGUGUUUUCUCCUCAACGCAAUUAAGAAUGACAGCACUCAACAGGUUCGAGCUGCUUUUGAAAUCCUAACGCUGUUGUUUGCAUUUAUCUACAUUCUUCUUGUCAUUCGAGAGGUAAUUUUUCAGGAGGGACUCAAGCCUGUUGUCUUUGACUUGGUUCACAACCCUCUGCGCCUCCUGCUGGUCUUAUCAUGUGUGUUAUUACUAACCUGCUUGGCAGCACGCUUCACAUGUAAAUCUCAUCAUGAGGAUCACCUGGUUAUUGCAGCUCUUGUGCUGGCCUGGCCUUACUCUCUCACUUUCUGCAGGGGAUUUGCUCUUGUCGGGCCAUUUGUGGUUAUGAUUUAUCAGAUGUUAAGAAGAGACUUUAUCAUUUUCUUCAUCAUUUAUAUGAUUUUUGUCAUUGGAUUUUCUCAAGCCAUGUUUCUGGUGACACUUGGGUAUGAUGACAAAUCCAUCCAGGAAAAUCUUUUUACACGCUGGUUCUCUGCUGGCCUUGGACUCAUUAUACUUUCAUUAGGAGAAUAUGAGGAGUUGUAUGAACAGGUGGCACACAGUAACUCGCCAGUUAAGAUUCUGGGUUUGAUCGUGUUUUUCCUGUUUAUGAUCCUCGGAGCCCUGUUGAUUGUGAAUAUGUUGAUUGCUAUGAUGGGAAACACGUACCUCAAGGUUGCAGAAACCGAGAAGGAAUGGACACGACAGUGGGCUCGUAUUGUACUUGCCGUAGAGCGCAUGCUCACCCCGAAACAGAGGCUUGCCGCGCAGAAGCUGUACUCACAGAGCGUGGGUAGUAGUGGGGAGAGAGCGCUGAUCAUGAGACUGCGGAAGCAUGAAGAUCACCAACAGACCCAAGUUUCCAACGAUCCAAAACAGCGAGCUAAAGCUAAGGUGAAGAAUUCCGUACCACUGCCUAGGAAGGACUACGAUUGGUUGGAUACAAGUAUGUGAAGAAAUCCUAAUAGCUCGCCGUCACUGAAUUGAUAAAUGAACACCUCCUGUGGUGAAUUACUAACUCCCAGGAUCUGCUUGAGUCGUGUAAUCUCGUUGUUAUUCAAAUGAAAGCUCCUGUUUAAUAUUUAAAAGACUUGCAAGUCUGUAAAAAUAUAAAACUUGCCGUACAACUCUUAAAAGGCAACUACACCUACGAAACAUUUUUUCAAAAUUCUUUUUAGAUUUAAAAAGUACAAUUUAAGGAAAUACAAUUUCAACCUCGCUUCUUUCAUCUAAUAACCUUUGAUGGUAAAUGGGUCAAAUGAUUAUAGUUGUGGAAAUUUACUUUUUGUUUUAUUGUUUCUCUUUUUUCAAACACCUUUGCAUUUUGUAAUUGUUUGAGUAUAAUUUGUGAAGAACUUGUACAUUUAUCUUUUUACAAUUAUCAGCCCCUUUUUUACUUACUUUGUACAAUGGCUAGUUUUGGAUACUUUCAUAGAUAAAAUUUUUCUUCAUGGUUAAGGGCGACAAUUUCAUUAAUUCUGAAAAUAUUCAGUCAUGUGACAUAAAUUUAAAUUUUGAUUAUUUGGAAUUGUUAAAACGCGGAAAUUUCACGCACUGAAUGUUAUGCAGUUGGAAGUCACUUGUUUGCAAUACAGUUAAGCUGUCAUAAUGUAAUUGAUUUAGGUGAUACUUGAUAUUUUGUUCAGUAACAUAUAAAAAGAUGUCGCAAGUAGGAUUACAUAUAGCGAUGUCAUCCUUGUCUCUAUGACGUGAAAGAGACUGAAUUUAUUUUGGCUGGCCGAGACAAUGCCCGUGAAGUCGCCGUACACUAUGGUGAAACAUGAGUAAAGUAACAGAUACGAGAAAUGAUAUAUAUAUUGCCUAGAGGGCACCUAUUAAUUGUCGUGUGACCACUAGGUUGAAAUUAUGUUUGAACCUUAAUAGGACACGAUAAGAAUGCGCGCGCAAGACGAGUACGAGCUUCUACAAACGAUCUUUUCCUCUGUAUCUCGAGUAGAACGCGAAAAACUUCACUCAUCGAAGAACGCGACUUUUUUCCAGUUCCAUUUUCUUUUAGAUUUAAGUCCACAGCUAGAGUUCACGUUCUCAGAAUCUCCCGUCAACCCGUCCAGUCCUACAUGUACACAAGUCAGCUUUCAUUAUGGUUUUCUAAAGCAUUGCGUGAGCGGGGCCGUACGGGUCAUAUGAUAAAGGAUAUUUAUUGCCUCCAAAUGCAAGGCACAGUAUUCGUAUAAGUACACCAGAGCUUGGUGUUGUCAGAACAGAAAAUAAAGAUUUCUUCCACCAUAA